AUGUGUCCUAAAACUGCCUGGACCUGGAUUAGUCCUAAAACUGUCGGUAUUGAGGGUGGUUCCUAUUUAGGAAAGGAACAGUUCAACGAUUAUACAGUAAAUAAUACUCCAGAAGAUGGGAAAUGUUUAUUUUCUGCAAUUGCAGACCAGAUUAGUAUUCCCAUAUCCAAUGCUUCUGCUGUAAGAAAAGAUCUUGUUGAUCAUAUUCGAAAUACACUUGUCAAACCACUCUCACAGGCACUUGCUGAUGGUAUAAAAAAACGUUUUGGUAAAGUUUUAGAAGACGAAGAAUACAUAUUAGCAUCAGCAUUAAUUCCUCAAUUCAAACUGAAUUUUUUAAAUGAUGAUAAAAAGAAGUUAUUAAUUAGGGAAAAAUUAUUGACGUACAUAAAAGAUGUCGAAAAAGAAAUUGGAAAACCAGAUCAAGCACAAAAUCCCAUAUUAGCGACCUCCAAAGACACAACUCCUGAAUGCAAUAAUCUAUAUGACUAUAUUGAGGAAAACAGUGAAAGUUCUUGCAAAUUAGCUGAACAACUCAACAAUUAUUUAUCUAGUCAGGCAAAAAAUGUUGAACAUUUAUUUUGCUAUCCAGCAGUGUGUGCAGCAUUUUAA